AUGCCGCGCGCGCAUGGCAUUCCGUUGCCCGCGAACCUCCCGCGCAGCGGCGAGGCGGAGGACGACGACGACGACGACGAACUCGUGCGGCAGCUCGUCGAGGCGGCCGACGUGGACGCGGUCAUUGAGCGCAUGGAGCUGCAGCACCAGCGCCGCCUCUCCCCCAUCGUUCAGGGCCUGAAACCCUUCAGCCGCCCGCCCCGCCGCGAGCCGCGCCCCGCCGCCCGCGGCCAGCCACGACAUCAACCACCACCGCCACCACCGUCGCCACCACCGUCGUCGUCGUCGCCGCCGCCGCCGCCGCCGUGCGAAACGCGGCUCAGUGCGCCGCUGCGCUCGCCGGCGGGGGACGCGGGGCUGCAGGGGAACCACGGGGAGCCGGUGCGGGGCGUGUGGGCCCCGCCGCCCCCCACGGCGGGCACGUCGCCGGCGUCCUCCGUGUGCACCGCGGCGGAGCUGCGGCGGUGGCGGUUAGAUUUCGGCGCGCCGCCGCCGCCUCUGCGGUCGCCGCGCCCCUCCGACGAGGACGCCUCCUCCGCCCCGCACGAGAACGACCACACGGAGAAGCCCUCCGUCAACCGGCGGCAUCGGGCGCGUGAGCACCGGGCCCCGAGGAUGCGGCCCCCGAUUGAGUCGCCCGCCCUGGUCAAUUCACCGCCGCCGCCGCCGCCGCCGCCCGUGGCGCAGGGCAGGCGGGCAGGCAGUGGGGCGCAGCAGCGCCGGCGUUACGGUGACCGUCACCGGGCACCGUCACCGGGUGAGUCGCCCCACUAUUCCGCGCGCCGGCAACUGGAUCUGCAACGCUCGUACUGUGAGCUGUCGAGUAUUCGCGGCGCAUCCCUUGAACGACCUGCACGACGAAGUCAGAGUGCCCGGGGUGGCUACUAUGACCGCUACUACGACCCCAACUUUCGCGGCGACGUUUACCGGAGGGCUCCCGCGCUCGCACGCAUGGAGGCUCCUUCGCGGCGUCGACGCUCCGCUUCGCCUCCGGCCGCCGUCCCGGCCCUGUCUCCCGCCGCAGAAGAGGAUGCGUGGACCCAGCACACAGGGAUGGGCUCCUGCUACGACCGAAGGGAUUAUUGGGGCUACAUGGGAAACGGCUUUGAGGGAACACCUACGGCCACCACGGAGGAGGCGCACACGCCGGACGACGUGGACUACGAUGAGGAGGAAUAUGGUGCAUUUGCCGCGGUGCCGCCGCGCAUCAUAGAACGUGAGCAACACCUGCGCUCACGGGUGGUGGAGCCGCCACUGACUAACUCCGACGCAGCCGCCGGCUCCGCAGAUGGUAGAGGGAAAGCUGUGGAGCAAGAGCCCGCGGCGAGCGAGGAGAACAACACAAAGAACAACUACGGAUCCCACGGUCCAACUUAUACCACGCACUCCGUUCAGCCACGAUCACCGCAUUACCUGGAUGCGAACGGCGCUGGUGCAAGUAAUAAAGUGCUUAGCCCCUCUGAUCAGGAAACCACGCAUGCGGGGCCGUCGUUGUCGUCCUUGGCCGCCACACCACGAGAACGCGCCACGGUGGAGGCACAAGAACAGGGCAAGGCGUCUAACGGCCGCUCGGAGUCUUGGAGUCACCCUCAGGCUCUGCUGGCACGAGGGCCUUCGACGGUUCCUCCAGGAAGCGAUGAACAUACGUUGCGCCCUGACAAUACCGCAGGACGUCAAGGCGUGCAGCGCAUUAGCCCUGCAUUGUCACCAACGCGGCAGCGGGAUCAAAGAUCAGCUGCGCAAAGCCCGCGUGAUGCCGACCCUCGCGACAACGGGAACGGAAACAGGAACCCCAAACGAGAUCGAAAGGAGGAGGCCGCUGCUUCACCGGGGCAUGGCGAGAUGACGCAGCACACACACGAGCAGCGCAAUCCACGGGCGGUGGCUAGGGGUGCUGGAAAGGAGAAGAAGGUGGUCUCCCCUUCCCGAUCAAAUGGAGAGGACUCCUCCGAUUCGUAUACGUACUCUAGCUACACUUGCUCCUCCGACGGCUCACUGGGCAUGGAACCGCUAUCGAUUCCGGCAGCGGCAGCGGAGGUCAAACCAAAAAAUAUUCCAAAAAGCGCCUCCGCUGCGGUGGGGCCGCUGCUACGAGCCAAAGCCUUCCCGCCGCCGGGUCCGUCUGUGCAUCCUCCUCCAACAAACCAGGAAGGCAAAAGGGUGAAGCAGCCGACACCACACUCUCACUGUCUGCUGCAGCAACGGCAAAUAUCAGGACCACCUCCGCCCCCCGGCUUUAAAAUGGCAUCGGCGGCACCAUUUCGCCCUUCGCUUCAGAAUUCAUUUUUAGAAAUUCAUUCCGAUAACACGCCGGACCUUGGCUUCGUCCCUAUGGCUGAGGCAGCCAGCGCUUACUCCUUCUCCAAACGAUCAUACCCACGAGAGAGGCCUGUGACAGGUGCUUCACGCCCUGAUGCAAGCCUGCGGAGUGUUUCUAGGUCAACGGCAUCGAGGAUGCCAUAUGUGUCGUACCUGCCACAUUCUCUGCUGGGACCAGAAAGGUCCUCGGUGCCGGUGCCAAAGCCGUUGCCUACGCAGACCGUUCCGCAGGGGCAACACCGAGGCGCCUCUGUACCUGCCUCCAUAACGGGGCUUCCCAUUGAGUCUCAAGAGAUCGUCUGGCGUACGAGCGACGGUGGUCGUGUCGAGGGCAAGAAACAUCACAGUCCCUCGGCUGUGAAGGCAGCGUUGACUCGGCACGACGCUUUUCCGCAGCCGAGAAGUAUGUCUCUAGGGACCAAUCCGCCACCGCCAAGUAGGAUUCCACUUCGAGCGAGAAACUCAAUCAGUGAAAUGCGAAGUUCGAGCGUCAACCGUGUUGUUGAGGUGCCACAGCGACGACCGAGUAGAGAGGCCUCGCUUGCCGUCAAUCAGCAGCCAAGGAGCUCGAUAGCCACUUAUCCUGGCAGCGCGGCAAACGCGUAUAACACACGUGACGAGACGAAUGCAGUACAAACAGUCGUUAUCCAGCUUCCGUAUAAAGCAAGGUAG